AUACAUAACCUAUACAAACAAAAUGUUAAUAUUUCAUCGGGUUUUGUUUUUUGUUUGUUUAUUUAUUUUUAUCCAAAAUUCAAAUUGUAAUGAGUCCUGUGCGAAAAACAAAAACAAUAAUUGUUCUGCUUCUAGUAUAAACAAGUACAGCAAAGACAUCAAUACAAAAUUUAAGAAAUAUUUGAAACUAAUAGAGAAUGCUCAGAAUAAUUACGUACCUUGUAACGUUACGAAAUGCAACUGUUACUCAUCAGUUAUAAAAUCUGAUUUGAAAAAAUUCAAAAAUGGCAUUACAGAAAAUGAUAUUGAGCGAGUUAGAUCAAAAGGUACCAAAUAUCAAAUAAUCAACAACAAAUUAUACAGAGAAGAAAACUGCAUGUUUCCAUCGAGAUGUGCAGGUAUAGAACAUUUUAUACUGGAACUCUUGCCUUCAUUACCUGACAUGGAAUUGAUAAUAAACACUAGAGACUGGCCACAAAUACAAAAACAAUAUGGUUCUUUUGGACCUGUGUUUUCGUUCAGCAAAACCAAAGAUUAUCAUGACAUUAUGUACCCUGCUUGGGCCUUUUGGGAGGGAGGCCCAGCCAUUAGUUUAUACCCGAGAGGAAUUGGUAGGUGGGACCUUCACAGAAAAAAGUUGGGAAAACUGGGAAACGAAACCAAUUGGUCAGACAAAAAACCAAAAGGAUUCUUCCGAGGCUCUAGAACAAGUUCAGAGCGAGACUCCCUCGUUAUUUUGUCCAGAGAAAACCCAGACUUAGUAGACGCCCAGUACACCAAAAAUCAAGCUUGGAAAUCCGAUGCGGACACAUUAGGGUUACCACCAGCAGCUGAAGUGCCAUUUGAGGAGCACUGCAGCUAUAAAUACUUGUUUAAUUUCCGAGGCGUGGCCGCCAGUUUCCGUCUAAAACACGUCCUUCUCUGUAAGUCGUUGGUGUUUCACGUGGGUGACGAAUGGUUAGAAUUCUUUUACACGUCCCUCAAACCCUGGAUUCAUUACGUUCCAGUCGAGGCGAACGCCAGUAAGGAGAAAAUCAAGGAGCUACUCGAAUUCGCCGUGUUGCACGACGACGUUGCCCAAAAAAUUGCCGAGAACGGCUACAAUAUGAUAUGGAAUAAUUUGAAAUUGAGUGACGUGAGCUGUUACUGGAGGAAACUGUUGAGGAGUUAUGCUAAAUUGCUGGUUUAUCAGCCCAAGCUUGAUAAGAAACUUAUUGAAAUCAAACCACGCUAAAAUAAUCCACUCAUAUCCAUUUAGCCAGUAUUAAUUAUGUUAUAUAAAAUUAUUAGAGAAAUCUCAGUUUUAACUAAAAUAUUAAUAAUGACAAUAAUUCUCUGAGAUUCUAAAUAAUGACAAUAAUAAUAGUAAUAUAGUUUUAAAUAUUUACAAAUCUUACAAUAUGGUAAUUUUUUAAAUAUGUAUUGGGCCAUUUACAGUCCAUCAUUUAACCAGAUAUUAUAUGCACCUUUUGCAUUCCUUAUUCAUUCCAUAUUUAUAUAAAACUAUUGUAUAUUCACCAACAUAAAUAUAACAUAACUGACUAUAUACUAAUAUUAAAUACUUUAUAAUUAUUUUGAUGUGUACCUAAAAUUUUUAAUGUUGUGCUGUUGAUUUAAUUGUUGUAUGGAUAUUAUACUAGGCUUUAAAUGGUUCUUUUAAAAAUAUUUAUUGUGAUGCAAUGUUUCAUGUUAUAUGUAUACUUAAUAUUUAUCUAAUAUAUAAGACUAGAAAAUAACUUGAAGACAAUAAUAUACAUUUAUAGGUUGUAUUGAUGUGAUAAUUUAUUUAAAAAAUGUUUAAUAUAAAAUAUUUAUCUCUAUGUAACGUUGGUACUAUGUGUAAACUAUCAUCUGUAUUGUAGUACAUAUCAAUAAUAUUAAAAUAAGUA